AUGAAUAAUUAUUAGUCCUUGUAAAUUAUAUUAUUCAUAUUAAUAGUUCCAAUCCUACAUUUGAACCAAUACAAACACCUGUAACAACGUAUCUUUAAACUCUUAUUUUAGAAAAUAUGAUGUAGUCUUUUCAUCUUAAAUACAAAAUACUAUUCCAAAUGAAAACAUUGAUUAAUUUAAAUAAGACUCAAAUCAAAACAAUGCUCUUAGAAAGAGUGCUUAAUUUGGUAAUUAAAUGAGAUAUACUGCUGAUGGAAGUUCAUUAAAUGAAAAGGAAUUGAGAAAUAUUGUUAAACAUAAACGAUAUGUUGCUUGUCAAAUAUUUUGA